CGCCCCGCCGCCACGAUGCCCAAGAGGAAGGUCAGCUCCGCCAAGGGGGCGGCGAAGGAGGAGCCCAAGAGGAGAUCGGCGAGGUUGUCAGCUAAACCGGCUCCUGCAAAAGUGGAAAGGAAGCCAAAAAAGGCGGCAGGAAAGGAUAAAUCUUCUGAAAAAAAAGUGCAAACAAAAGGGAAA